AUGGAUGGGCCAGGAGUGGGGCAGGAUGCCAUGAAGAGCUGCACUGACCACGAGUACUGGGACAGCCUGGUCUCCCAGUGCAUCCCCUGCAGCCUGGCCUGCAGGCAGCCCCCGGCCAGCAAGUGUGAUGCUGUGUGUGAGUCCAUGGACUGCAACAAGAGGCCUGGAUUUUACUACGACGACCUGGUGAAGAGCUGCAUCCAGUGCAGCGCGGUGUGCGGGCAGCACCCCCGGGAAUGCGCCCUGGCCUGCCAGCCCACGGCGGGCCCGGCGGCGCUGGAGCAGAAGGCGUGCGCGGAGCAGGAGCCGUGGCUGGCGCUGUACCUGCUGCUGGGGCUCUGCCUCUGCAGCCUCGUCUGCUCGCUGCUCCUGGGCUGGACCCACCUGCGCAGGAGGGGAGAGGCCAGCGCGGCCAGCUGCCACUGCAGGGAGGACCCUGCCAAAGAUGGGCUGGUGGAAGCCGGCAGCGUUGCUGAUGGAUUCACCAGCAUCAGAAUCCCAGAGCCAGUGGAAACCUGUGGCUUCUGCUUCCCUGGACAUGGCUCUGCUGUACAAGAGACCAAAUCCUGCCCCAGCAGCUCCUGCCACCCUGGGGAAAGGGCUGCUCCCUCCUUCUCUGGGAUCUGCAGCAGGGGAAGCGCCGUUCCCAGCCCUGAGGACGGCCACUUCAAAAUCAUCUGUUCUCCUGCCCAGGAGAAGGCACCCGUGGUGUGACCACAGAGGGUGCUCCAGCACGGGAUCACAGCGGGGGGAUGCUCUCCCUGCCCCCAGACCAAAGCUGCUUCACCCUCUGCUGCCAGUGACUGGAACAGCCUCACCCCAGCCCAGGCUGCAUGGGACAGACAGGGCUGGAGGUGGCACAGAGCUGUCUGCUCCCACUCAGGACACCAAAUCCCCAUUAUUCUUGUGAAUUCCCAGUCAAAGAAGUCACUUCCCAUGUAGCAGCUUCAGACUUCAUCCUCCAGCCUGGCCUGGGUGUCCCCAGCCAUUGGGGACAUCUCAGGGGGGUUCCUCACCCUGGUUCCACCCCCAGCACCCCUCCAAAGGGUCCCUGCUCUCCCCAUGGACAGCUCACCUCUCCUGCCUGCAGAUUCCUUCAUGAACCAGAACAAUUUUCAGCACAGCUGCAAAUGCCUCAAACGUGGAACUGGACCCAAGGAUUUCCUGGUGGAACUGAUCAGUGUGGGAAGCUCCACUGCCACUUUCCAGCGCUGCCGUGGGUGAUGCUGAGGCUUUGCCUCAGGACCAGGACACGAUGCUGCACGUGAGGAGCUGGGACAGGCACCAAAACCCUCAGUGGAACUGGGUUUAAGUAUGAACACUCAUCCAAGGCUGGGAUCUUUCUACAAAACUGGAUUUAUGUAUGUCUGACCUGGGUUAUUGUGAAGAGCUGGUAAAAGUGAGGAAUCAGCUGGAGAUAGAGCUGCUUUGAGAGAAUAUUUUUAUCUAACCUGGCUUUGAAAGCUAUCACGGGAAAAUAGCAGUUUCAAUGUGUAAUUUGAAGUUCUCAUUUCCACUAAAG